UCAUACUCGCCUCAAGUGGUUUGUUUCCAGUUACCUUUGUUUUACUAUUUACCUUAAGGGGUUGAAUGUUAAAAAAUUUAUUCCAACGACACAUUUUUAUUUUUGUAAAUAAAUUACAUAUUUUUUGCUACAUCUUGUUUGUUUAUUUAAAUAGAUACAUUGAAUCUAUCAAGGCUGAACGUUUAAUUCUGUUAACAUCGGCCAUCUUAUGGCUUAUGGUAAGGUCAUAUAAUAUUCACCUCGGUGAUCAGAGUAUAUCCAGUGAAAAGGGGAGACACACUUAAGACAUACUGAGCAAUCUUAGGGUUAAAAGAACUCAGGCGCUGUAUCUCAUGUCCAGGAGUACUGGGGCAGUGUUACGGAGAGGUGAUGCUUGGUCCAGAUGUAUAUCUGGACUAAUCAAACUAUUCAGCCUUUACGAUCCGUUUUGUCCAUUCCAUGUCAUUCAGUGGAACCCGGUCCAUUGCUGCCAUGCAGCUAUAUAUUUAUUAUUAUUAUUAUUAUUAUAUUAUUUGUACUCUUUUUUAAAACUGCUGUUACAGUUACGAACACUAACCCAACCCGAAGAGUGGCUUCUGAGAUUGGCUUCAGUGAAAUGGGUAACUCAUGGCGUCUGUUCCAGUUUCACGGUCUGUUUCACAGUGAGGUAAUGUUUGGCUUGUCCUUGCUGCUGAAACGUUGGGCUGGGAGAGUAUAUAUAGGCUCAGGGUGGAUCGUUCUCGGGCCUGUUCAAGCUGUGUGUUCUUAAGGGAGGGAUGGUCGAAGUGCAGCGAUGGUGACGGAGAGCGAACGGAGUUCAGGUGGUUCGGCUGCGUCCGAAAGCGCACAGGAGAACGCGAUUAUGCAGCGUUACAGUUCCGGGUGAAUGCGAGUUUGCUGCACAGACCUGCGCUCGUGGGGCGCUGCUUUUAACGGAACGCAUUUUCGUUGCUUUUCUCCUUCGCAUUCGUUGUAGAAAACAAGAACAGAUUGUUCAUUGAAAUUGCCAGUCUAUGGCAGAUUGAAACGAGUGGAUUUGGAACAGUUUACUGGACAUUCACAGUGUCUCCUUACUUGACGUGGUCUAAUUAUUUUCGUAUUUAAUUUAAUUUAAUCAAAGCGGAGGUAAAAAUUAUUUGAAAGUCGGUGCGGAGAUAAGAUCCGGAGAACAAUAUAACCAUGGCUUUGCAGGAUGUGUGCGGUUUUCGGGACACCCCCGCGUACCCCAGAUGGAACAGUCCGGCCUCGCUGUUCAUGCCUGCGGGAGAUGCCUCUCUGCAGUUCGGAGGGGGAGGGAUCGGUUGUCAUGGAUACCGUUCGGCCACGGGGAGGGACUUUCCCUUGCAGCUGUAUACGCCGGUCCCGGAGUACCUCACCCAAAGCCCGCUUGAGUUCGGCCAAAUCAGGGCGGACACGGCCCUGAGCCGGCCCCCGCCUCCCAGCCUGGGCUCGGCGCUGUCCCCCCUCCCUCUCCCCUGCCCCCUCUCUCCCUCCCCCUCUCCGCACUCCUCCGUGCCCCUGCCCUUCCCGCUGUCCCACGGCACCACCACGCUGGCGUUUGCGUUCCAGGGUGGCAUCCUGGCAGCGGCGGACACGCGGUCCAGCUGCUCGGGCCUGGUGGCCUGCCCCGCCUCGCAGAAGAUCCUGCCUGUGCACUCGCACCUGGUGGGCACCACGUCGGGCACCUCGGCCGACUGCGCCCUGUGGAAGCGCAUCCUCGCCCGCGAGCUCCGCCUGUACACGCUGCGGCACCGCCGCAGGCCGUCCACAGGGGGCGCCGCCAAGCUGCUCUCCCACAUGCUGCACCCCUUCAGGGGCACCGAGCUGUGCGUGGCCGCCACGCUGUGCGGCUGGGACCUGCCGGGGGGGGGCACGGGCGGGGCCGGGCUCGGGGGGGCGGGGGGGGAGGAGGAGGGCCGCGAAGGAGGAGGAGGAGGAGGGAGGGCAGAAGAGGAGGAGCAGAUGAAAGAGGGGGAGGAGGGAUCUUCUGUGAGGAGAGGGGUCACGGGCGGAGGAAGUGAGAUGCGGAGAGAAAGAGAAGAAGGGAUGGAGAGGGAGGAAGAGACCAGCCCCUCAGCGGGAAGGAGAUGGGGCAGUCAGCCGUCCACUGCCCAGCCCCACAGCCAGGAGGAAGAAGCAGGGUGCAAUGACAGAGUGCCAUCCAGCAGGGGGCAGCAGAGUGAUCCGACGCACAGCCCAAGAUGCGGGCCCAGCCUGCACUACGUGUGCAGUGACGGGACCCGCCUGAAGGGGGAGCUGUUCUCGGUGGGCUCCGGCUCGCCCUACGCGUACUCGGUGCUGGACGGCGGGGUGCGCUGGGGGAUGGGCGUGGCCGAGGCCUGCCGAUUGGCUCGUGAGGCGGUGUUCCGCGCCACCCACCGCGACGCCUACUCCGGCAACUGCGUGGACCUGUACCACAUCACCGCCACCGGGUGGCGCCGCAGAGACAGGGAGGACCUGAAGGAGGAGUACUACAGAGAGAGGGAGAGAGAGAGGGAGAAAGUGGAGGAGAGGAGGAGGGAGAGAGAGAGGGAAGGUAAGGACAGAGCAGAGGAGGGGGAGAGUGAGGGAUAGAGAGAGAAAUUGGGUGGAGGAGAGGAGGGGGGAGUCAGGGAUAGAGAGAGGGACAGGAUGUAGGAGAGGAGGAGAAAGAGAGGGGAUAGGGUGGUGGAGAAGAGGAGAGACGGAUAGUGUGGUGGAGAGGAGGAGAGAGAAUGAGAGAGAGGGGGAUGGUGUGGUGGAGAGGAGGAGAGAUAGAGGGAUAGGAGAGUGCAGAUCAUUUUCAAACCAGCAAUUCCACUCGGAAAAACCAGCCAUCUGGCUCAGUAGGGAGACCCCAGUGCACACAGAGCUCCGGGUGUGCUGUGAUUGGAUCACAGAGCUCCAGACGUCCUGUGAUUGGAUCACAGAGCUCCAGACGUCCUGUGAUUGGAUCACAGAGCUCCGGGCGUCCCAUGAUUGGAUCACAGAGCUCCAGACGUCCUGUGAUUGGAUCACAGAGCUCCGGGCGUCCCAUGAUUGGAUCACAGAGCUCCAGACGUCCUGUGAUUGGGUCCGUUUGCUCCGCCAUGUUGGCUGGAAUGCUGUGAGGUAAAAUGAGUGCAGGUGAACGGCGGCAGUAUCACCUUCAGACCAUGUGACUUCAUCUUCAGACCAUGUGACUUCACCUUCAGACCAUGUGACUUCACCUUCAGACCAUGUGACUUCACCUUCAGGCCAUGUGACUUCACCUUCAGACCAUGUGACUUCACCUUCAGGCCAUGUGACUUCACCUUCAAACCAUGUGACUUCACCUUCAAACCAUGUGACUUCACCUUCAAACCGUGUGACUUCACCUUCAGGCCGUGUGACUUCACCUUCAGGCCAUGUGACUUCACCUUCAGGCCGUGUGACUUCACCUUCAGGCCGUGUGACUUCACCUUCAGGCCGUGUGACUUCACCUUCAUGCCGUGUGACUUCACCUUCAGGCCUUGUGUCUUCACAACACGCUUCAAUCAGAAAAGACAGUGAUCGGCACGUUAAUUCUGCUGCUGCCUUGUUUGUGUUUGGCGAGUGUUUGGAAGAUGCAAACGGAUAAUUGACUACAGCCAGUCCCAUUUUUUCAGCAACUGAUUUUCGUGUUCGGUCGUAUUUCACCGGAGCUUUAAGUGCCGUUUUAUGCGUCUGCAGCGACGCUUCUCUGCUCCACAGAGCUCAGUGUAGCGGUGUGGGUAAGGCCGUCUGGCACUGUCCUAAAAGUCUCCAUGCAGCAGUUUGCAAUUUUAAAUCAUCCUUCAGUCUCUAUAAAGUAAAUGUGUGAAGGUUAUUUGAAUGAAAAAUGUCUCUACAUAUUUUUGAUAAUUUAUGGUCCGUCCCCUGCUAUCUCCCAUCACAGAAUAUAGGCAGUUUCAGUCACAUGUAUUAAUAUUCAUGAGCUCACUAACCGGUUGGCUGAGAGCUGACUUACCUGAUUGGCUGAAAGUAGGCGACUCAUUACAGACCAACCCACGUAGGCCCUCACAAAGCGUACCACUGUGUUUCUUCCUGCAGUGCUGGCUAUCUCAUUGCUACCAAUGUCACACAGUAGGGGCUUGCAUGUAAUGUAACCCUAAGGAAACAGGGUGUUUUAUUAGCAUGCUUAUAGCCAGCUAGUUGGGCUUUGGCUACAUGCUAGUUAGUUCUGUGGGAACCAAGCUUGUAAAACAGUGUAAUACCAUAUACAGCACAGACGGGCACUAUGGCUAGAAAAAUGCAGUUCAACUAGUAAAUUAGAUUUGUUACAGAGCUGCUUGCUGUGUUGACUAACUUCAGUUAUUAGCAUCUGCGCUGUUAUUAGCAUCAAUCGUUGUUAUUAGCUAGUGUUAGCUAUAGCAACCUAUUUUCAAUUAAAAAAUGUGUUUUAAAGUAAUCUGUCAAGCUGGUUACGACGGUUCAAGUGCCCCGGGCGAAACCAGAACAAUAAAGUGGGACAGUUUGCAUCGCA